GCUUUCUGGGUUUUUUGUUUUUUCUGACUCUCAUUUCAAGAGUUUUGGGGAAGCAGAGAGAGGAGACCGAGGCGAGGGCAGAGCCGGCACUCACUGACUCCUCCGGCUGCAUCCCGGCCGCGCUCCCGCCCGUUCCCGUCGUUCCAGCAGGAUGAGAGCGGCGGAGCUCCUGGUGCUGUGUCUGCCAGCGCUCCUGGUGCAGGGACAGUUCAGCCGCUUCGAGGGCAUCGCCUACCCCGAGCCGGUGCAGUACUCCCAGUACGACCAGCAGGCAGAAAUUCAGGAUUACUACGACUACCACGAUGUCACCCCCCGAGCCCCGGAGGAGCAAUUCCGGUACCAAUCCCAGCAGCAAUCCCAGCAGGAAACCGUGCCAGCCCCGACCCCAGCUGCGGUGCCUGAGACGGAGCCCACGGAGCCGGGGCCGCUCGACUGCCGGGAGGAGCAGUACCCCUGCACCCGGCUCUACUCCGUGCACAAGCCCUGCAAGCAGUGCCUGAACGAGAUCUGCUUCUACAGCCUCCGCCGGGUUUACGUCAUCAACAAGGAGAUCUGCGUCCGCACCGUGUGCGCCCACGAGGAGCUGCUGCGAGCCGACCUGUGCCGGGACAAGUUCUCCAAGUGCGGGGUGAUGGCCACGAGCGGCCUGUGCCAGAGCGUGGGCGCCUCCUGCGCCCGCAGCUGCGGCGGCUGCUGAGCCCCGGCCCCGCCCGGCCCCGCCCGGCCCCGCCGCUCCCGUGCAUGAAGGAGCAGCGCCCCGACACCCCGGGAUCCCUCUUUUCUUUGUGCACAUAAUAAUUAAA